CACACCCACCUCCUGCUUUUAGACGAACAAGACUGAGCAGCAACAGGCUAGUGAUUCAUUCAUUCAAUCAUUCAUGCAAUAAUUGCAUGCAACAGGGCUUCUCAUGAUAUUUGACACACACACACACAUUUAAAGAUGGAUUAAAUGAACCUUGCUAGCUAGGUAUAUAUUAUAAUUAAGUAAGACAAAUGGAAGCUGGUUAUCAUCAUUUUCUGAAUGCUUUCUUUCUCAUAAUCAUCUGCACCCUCUCUAUAUUCCUCCAAUCCCACAUCACAGAAGCAGCAGUACCCAAAGGAAUGCAGUCUGCUGCAGUUGAUCAUUGCCAAAGGAAAUGUGGCAGCUCCAAAAUUCCGUAUCCUUUUGGGAUGAGCAAGGGAUGUUACCUUGACCAAACAUUUGAAGUCAGAUGCAACCACUCAACUGGUUCCGCCUCCCUAGCUUGGUUAGAUUGGCAAGUUGACUCCAUCUCUAUCUCAACCCACACCCUCAGACGUAAAGAUUUUGUUGUUAGCGCUUUGCCACAAAUUGCUAAACCAGGAGAAACUUGGAAAACCUCUCUCCCCAUAUUUCCUUUGAACAAUCAUUACAGCAUAUCCCACACUAGAAAUACCUUUGUUGCAUUGGGAUGUGAUAUUUAUGUUUAUAUUGUUGACAACGAAACCAGAGAGUUCCAGGGAGGGUGUGCGUCUCUCUGCCGGUCGCCUCUAGUCCCCAGCUGGUCUUGUUCGGGUCUGAAUUGCUGCCAAAUAAAUUUACCAAAAGAUCUAACGGCUCUCACUUUGUGGAUUGAAACAAUGAAUACCCUCACAAAAGACCCUUGUCGUUUUUUCACUUUUAUUGAAAAGGAUUUCCUUCGCCUCAGUAACAUCAAAUUCUCUGCAUGUAAUCAAAGUUAUGUUGUCCCGGUAAUAUAUGAAUGGGCAGUUGGGAAUACCAGUUGCCAUAAAGCAACAGACUAUGUGUGUGGCAAGAACACUGAAUGCAUUGACUAUAGUCCAGUCAAGGGAUACAGAUGCAAAUGCAGCAGUGGCUACAGAGGUAACCCUUAUCACCCCCAUGGAUGCCAAGACAUUGAUGAGUGUGCAAACCAGAAAGACAACGAAUGCCCAACAAAACAUCGUUGCUUUAACGUAGAAGGCGGCUUCUUCUGCUUGCCUAGUCGUCGACAUAUGUUUGCAGAGCUCUUUCCCAUAGGCACUGGCCUAGCUGUUGGUCUAGUAAUUUUAGUCUCCAUUGGCAUCUGGACUUGGCGAAAGCUUAAAAAAAUUAAAAAAAAGAAAAUGAAGAAUAAAUAUUUCAAGAGAAAUGGAGGUUUGCGACUGCAACAGCAGAGAUCCCCAGCUGGGGGAAGUGUAUUACUUGAAUUGACACUUUUCAGGAUCGAGGAACUGGAGAAGGCCACAGAUAAAUUUAGCCAAAGUCGUAUUCUUGGCAAAGGAGGGCUCGGCACCGUCUACAAGGGAAUGUUAUCAGAUGGAAGAAUAAUUGCAGUAAAGAAAGCAAACAUAAUUGACAACGGCGAUCAAGUUGGCCAAUUCAUAAAUGAAGUUCUAAUUCUGUCUCAGAUAAACUAUAGGCACAUUGUCAAAUUGUUGGGUUGUUGUUUGGAGGCAGAAGUUCCUUUGCUCGUAUAUGAAUACGUGUCUAAUGGAACACUGGCAGACCAUCUUCAUAAUGAGCCUAACAGCUCAUCAUUUUCCUGGAAGAAUCGGCUACGUAUUGCUGCUGAAGUUGCGGGAGCGCUUGCUUAUUUGCACUCUUGUGCUUCAACAGCCAUAUUCCACAGAGAUAUAAAGUCGAGCAACAUAUUGUUAGAUGAGAAUUACAAGGCUGUAUUAUCUGAUUUUGGGCUCUCAAGAUCAGUAUCCAUUGAUAAAACUCACUUAACAACGUUUGUGGGAGGCACAUUUGGUUACUUGGAUCCUGAAUACUUCAGAUCAGGACAACUAAAUGACAAGAGUGAUGUUUAUGCAUUUGGCGUUGUGCUUGCGGAAAUCCUCACAGGGCAAAAGGCUAUCUCUUCCGUGAAAGAUGAUCAGGGGCUGGCACUUCGCUUUCGGUCAGCAGUUAAAGAAAAUUGUUUGUUUGAAAUUCUGGAGCAAGUAGUGGUAUAUGAAGGUGAGAAAGAGGAAAUUCUUGCAGUUGCACAACUCGCCAAGAGAUGUCUCAAAAUAAAUGCUCGUAAACGACCAAGCAUGAAAGAAGUGGCAGCAGAACUCGAGCAACUGAGGAAGAAGAAAGAGGUUCCAGCAUAUCAGGAGAGUUUCCAGGAUGAGUACCGUGCCAUGAGUGAGAAUUGUUACAGUUUUGGUAUUGAUUCCCAAGCAGAGGGUGAACAAACAAUGUUCAGAAUGGACUAGAACGAACUACUUCUUCAUGCCCGGAGAUUUAUUUCAUUUUCAGCUUGUUUUUAGUAUUUGAAUUAUGUAAUGGUAGAAUUGUUUUCAGGUUUUAUUUAAUGCAGAAAAUAUGGUGUAAUUAAUUUAACUAAAGAAAAUUGUUGAGCUUUCAA